AAUUGCCAUUCUAUUCUAUGAUUGGCUUUCUUCUCGGUCCAAUUUCUAUCCGCUCUUCUUCCGAGCGAUUGAUGACUCGUCUCUCAUGGCGAUUCCUUGACUGAAAUCGAGGGGGAAGAGGGGCAGGGCCGGCUUUAUAGUGCGACGACGCCCGAGUAGCUUUUUCCCCGUCUUCCAGGCGUCGUGGGAACUGCGGCUGCUCUGCUUUUCCUCGGUGUCGGAGCGGUGUCAUAGGGUGUAAAAAUGUCAACUCCUGCUAGGAAGAGACUGAUGAGAGACUUCAAGAGGUUACAGCAGGAUCCUCCUGCAGGCAUCAGUGGUGCUCCUCAUGAUAAUAACAUCAUGCUAUGGAAUGCUGUUAUAUUUGGCCCAGAUGACACACCUUGGGAUGGAGGCACGUUUAAGCUGACACUUCAGGUUUCAGAGGAUUAUCCUAAUAAACCACCAACUGUACGCUUUGUUUCUCGAAUGUUUCAUCCUAAUAUUUAUGCUGAUGGAAGCAUAUGCUUGGAUAUUUUACAAAACCAAUGGAGUCCAAUCUAUGAUGUGGCUGCAAUUCUUACCUCUAUCCAGUCGUUGCUCUGUGAUCCGAAUCCCAACUCACCGGCAAAUUCUGAAGCUGCACGGAUGUUCAGCGAGAACAAGCGUGAAUACAACAGAAAAGUUCGUGAGAUCGUGGAACAGAGCUGGACGGCAGACUGAUGACCAUAUCAUCAAAACAUCCUCUACGACAACAUAUGUUGCUGCUUGUUUUAUAUUCAGGUUGUAUUUCACUGGUUGUAGUAAAAUGAUUGUCUUCUUUGUUGCCUCCCUACAUUCGUAUUCAAACCCUGUAAUAUGGUCCUCCUUGUUUGCUUUGCUGGAUUGGUGAUUACUGUCACACAUGCUUUCUAUUCCAUUAUAUAGACAACUGCAGCUCGUAUGCUUUCUUUGA